CGGGUCCCCGCCCUUCCCCGGGAGCGGCGCUCCCCCUCGACCCUCCCCCGCGCUUAUCCGUUCCGCGGCUUCCCCUGGGUUUGGGGUUUUGCAACCGGCAGCUGGCUGUUUUAUUUUCCCCCACCCCUGUUUCUGUCUCUCCUUCUUCUUUUAGGUUGCUCCACCCCGGCCAGGAUCAGGCCAGGGGAACCGGCCUGACUGCGGCUGCCAACUCGCGCCGGGCGCGUCGGCGGACUCCCGGCGUGGAGUCCCGCGUCCCGCCUUCUCCCUGCGGGGCGCGCUCUCCCCGCUCCCCCUACAACCCUUCCCCACUUUUCCCCCUUUUGCAAUCACAUGGCAUUUUAAGAAUGCCGGAAAGAUGGCGGUAGCGGCGGCGGCGGCAGCGGCGGCGGGGCCGGCCGGCGGCGGAGGCGGCCGGGCGCAGCGGAGCGGGCUGCUGGAAGUUUUGGUGCGGGAUCGCUGGCACAAAGUUCUGGUGAACUUGAGCGAGGACGCCCUGGUUCUGAGCUGUGAGGAGGGCGCUGCGGCGUCCAACGGCCUCGGGACCGCCACCAAUGGCUCGUUCUGCAGGGGCGCCGGCGGCGCGCAGCCCCCGGACUCGCCCGCCGGGGUCCGCACCGCCUUCACCGACCUGCCCGAGCAGGUGCCCGAGUCCAUCUCGAACCAGAAGCGUGGCGUGAAGGUGCUGAAGCAGGAGCUGGGCGGGCUGGGCAUCAGCAUCAAGGGGGGCAAGGAGAACAAGAUGCCCAUCCUCAUCAGCAAGAUUUUCAAGGGGCUGGCGGCGGACCAGACCCAGGCCCUGUACGUGGGCGACGCCAUCCUGUCAGUGAACGGGGCCGACCUGCGGGACGCCACCCACGACGAGGCGGUGCAGGCGCUGAAGCGCGCUGGCAAGGAAGUGCUGCUGGAAGUGAAGUACAUGCGAGAAGCCACGCCCUACGUGAGGAAAGGCUCCCCGGUGUCCGAGAUCGGGUGGGAGACGCCUCCGCCUGAGUCCCCUCGGUUGGGGGGCAGCUCCUCCGACCCGCUGUCGUCGCAGUCCCUCUCCUUCCACAGAGACCGGAAGAGCAUCCCGCUCAAGAUGUGCUACGUCACGCGGAGCCUGGCCUUGGCCGACCCCGAGAACAGGCAGCUUGAAAUCCACUCUCCAGAUGCUAAGCACACGGUGGUCCUCAGGAGCAAGGACUCAGCCACCGCCCAGGCCUGGUUCAGUGCCAUCCAUUCCAACGUCAGUGACCUGCAGACCCGAGUGGUCGCCGAGGUCCGAGAGCAGCUGGGGAAGACGGGCAUUGCUGGGAGCCGAGAGAUCAGGCAUCUUGGCUGGCUUGCAGAAAAGGUGCCUGGGGACAGUGAGAAACAGUGGAAGCCAGCGCUGGUUGUACUGACGGACAAGGACCUGUUAAUUUAUGACAGCAUGCCACGGAGGAAGGAAGCCUGGUUCAGCCCAGUCCACACGUACCCUCUUCUUGCCACCAGGCUGGUCCAUUCAGGUCCAGGGAAAGGAUCGCCCCAGGCUGGCGUGGAUCUGUCCUUCGCAACACGAACUGGUACCCGGCAGGGGAUUGAAACACAUCUAUUCAGGGCUGAGAUCAGCAGGGACCUCUCACACUGGACAAGGAGCAUCGUACAGGGGUGCCACAACUCAGCUGAACUGACUACUGAAAUUACCGCAGCUUGCACCUACAAAAACCAGGAGUGCCGCUUGACCAUACAUUAUGACAAUGGAUUUUCUCUUACCACUGAACCACAGGAGGGUGCCUUUCCCAAGACAAUCAUACAGGCUCCUUAUGAAAAGCUGAAAAUGUCUUCAGAUGAUGGAAUCAGGAUGCUGUACUUAGAUUUUGGAGGCAAAGAUGGAGAGAUUCAACUGGACCUUCAUUCCUGCCCCAAGCCGAUUGUUUUCAUCAUCCAUUCCUUCCUGUCAGCUAAGAUUACAAGACUGGGUUUGGUGGCCUGAACAGAGAGGGGCGAAUUGCCUUUGAGAAGAAGAGGGCUGCGAUGCCACCAAAAAGUGACAUAAUGGACACCAUUUGCAGUGACGCACCAGAUGUAGCAUGCCACAGUCAGCUUUAGCUCCCAAGAGUCCUGUUUAACAGUAGCAGACUCCAAUUUCAGCAACUGUAAGGGCACCCUCAGAAAAUACCACCAGGGCUAUCAGAAUGAAACUGUCUUUUCAGAACAGGAAAAGGGUGAAGAGGCUGAUUGGAAACACACAGCGUAGCUUUUAAAUAAUGACAAUCAAGGUCAGGAACAUUAGAACAGCAUGUGAAGAUCCCAAUCAUAGCAGUUUCUAGGCAACUGGUUCACCCAGGUAAGCAAGGGCUGAAAAAGUGAUAAAUGGACAUUUUUUACCUCUUCCCGAUGAGUAACAGGGAUCCCUUGUUUUAUUGUGAUUUCCUGCUUCUAAUUGAGUUGACUUUCACCGGUAAGGAAAGAAAAGUACUUCACAUGGAAACCUACCUUUUAUUUAAGUAUGAAACAGCUGUCACGUUUUCUUAGUGAAUUAUCUUUCAGUGAUGUAGGAUGGUUCGGAAGUGUUCUUAUUAGCAUACGAUGAGGGGGAAUUCAUUAAGCAUCAGAUGCUGAUCUGAACUAUAAGCUGGUGGAUUCUGAGCCGAAGUAGACUGCUUAAAUUACAAAGCUUUGCUGAAGAGUGGUGUGUGUGAAAGAUGAUUAAUUCUGGGACAACUCUCACACCAAGGUUUGCUAUCUAUCUUAGAGCCAUGACUUAUAGCUUUAUUUAUGGAAAGCAAAUUAUGGAUAUUUUUAAAAAGAUUGCCAUCUGAGAGUGAUAUAUAUAUAUAUAAAAUAAUUCACAUGGGGUCAUUUAUCCCCGUUUUGUGGUUUUCAGUGAAAGUACUGAGCAAUUUACUGGCCCUUGUUUUUGCCUGUGCUUGUAUGCAUGCAUUUUCAAGCAAGUGAUAGAACGGCCUUAUUUUGAUUCUGGUUUAUGCUGAGUUUUACAUAGAGAGCCAAUGUUACAAUCAAACCCAUUGAUAGCAUCCACUGAACUUCUGGAAUUCCAGGGAAAUAAUAUAAUGACCUGAUAUUUUUCUACAAGAAUAUUUUCAGACAUCAUAUAGCAUAUUACUGCUUUAACAUUUUUGCUUUUAUAUUUCAAAACAAAUUCACCAAAAAAACAUAUUAUUUGAUUUUAAAGUCACUGUCCUCAAACCUAGAAAAUUAGCUGUAGAAUUUCUGUGUUUGUAUCCUUUUUCUCCCUGUAGUUUACAUAAACAAAUGUUCUGGGUUAGAUUUGUGUGUUUUUUUAGAACCAUAUUUUAGCAAAUACCUAUGCAAAGAGCUUUAAAAAGUGAAAUUGUUUUAAAAGAAUGUGAUUUUGUUCACUCAGAUAUAUGUGUUUAUUGAGUUUUACUUUAGAUCAGCAUUUUAUUUUAGAUCACUAUUUCCCUGAAGUACAUAUCAUGUAAUACCAGUUCCAAGAGGCAUUGAUUAAGCGAUGUUUUGGGGGGGAGGGUGCGAAAUAAGGGGGUUGGUAAUCAAAAAUGUUUGUUAAAUACUGAGUUUAAAAAUGUUAAACAGUUUCAUGAUUGCAGGCCUCCUCAAAGACUUUACUGCACAUUGCAAUUCUGCAAGGAGUGGGCGGGGCUGUGUGCCAUUCCUCAUGCUUUCCUACAGAACUCCUAACAGCAUCUUGUGAAGCUAGUGUUUAAAACACACACACACACACAAACACAAAACAAACAAACAAAAAAAUCACUUUGGAAAACACAGCUUUGGGACACUGAUUUUGUUUUGUUUCCUGUUUUCAAAUGCUGAAGAGUGAAGUCCCAGCCUGAAUGUUGUAGGAAAGCUUUGAUGCAUUUGUAAAUUAUACCACACUCUUUCAUUAUAUAUUUUCAAAAUCACUGGAAUGUUGUUAUACAAGAGAAUCAUACUUGUGUAUUGUAAAUAAUAUAUUAAAAUACAUCUAUUAAUGCCAGUAGUUUAAAUCGAUAUGUAAUCUAAGGUGCUCAGUACUACAUGAAGUGUGAAUGAAUUACUCAUAAUUAAGUUGCAAAGAUCCUAUUAUAUAUUUAUAGACAAAUUAAAAUAAUCAUAAUUACAAAUAUUUCUUCAUCACUUGAGUUUGGGACUGAUUAAUACCUGGGUAGGGUCAACAGAAACUACAUUCUCUGCAUUUAUAAAAGUUUAAUUUAAAUAUUUAUAUUUUAGAAAAAUAUAUUUGAAUAAAAUUAAUGCAUUUUCUGAAUUAAAAUGUGUAAUUAGCAAGAAAUAGAAAAUUUUACUAAGAGAAUUGUGUAUAUAAAUUUUUUUCUUUCCUCCAAGUCAAAGUGUACCAUAUCAGAGUGGUUAUAAUGAGUCAAUUUCAAAUACUCAUUUUUUUUUCUCAUUCUGAAUUCAUCAAGUUAUGACUUUACAUUGUAGAUUUUAAUCUUGUCUUGAUGUGUGUUAUGAAUGUUGUGAAUAACACAAACUCAUACAUCUGGGUACAGUUAAUGAAUGAGUUGAAUCAUUUUGGGGAAUUUCUGUCCAGUUUGCUCUGUGCUCAAUCUGUGUCUUAUCUGAAUUGAUGAUGAAUUAUUAAAUUCACCAUGUUUGUCCCUUUAAGGGCAAACUAAUACUUGAUGAAUGAUGGCUUAAUAGAUACUUUGUGGGAAGCUGCCCAUUUGUUAGUACAUGUGAUUAGGUGAGCCCUUUGGUGUGGUGACAUCUUUAAACCAUCCCAUAGGAAUUUAAAGGCCAUUAGAAAAUACAGAUACCAAUUUUUUUUUCUGACUUGAACCAAGUAGGAGAAACAAAACUAUAAACCCAUUAAAAAUACUCUGAGGCAUUUAAUUAAUUCUAACAAGUAAUGUACUAAAGUGCUGAAAAAUGCAUGUUCCUUUGUCCAAAAGUUUGUUGACCCUGCUUGGCUGAAGUCAGAAGGAAUGGUCUUAAUGGGCAGAAAGUUUCUCCUAAAAUUAAUGAGCAGGGCCUUUCUGGCCCUUGUUUUACAAAUAUUAGAUAUUCUAUUUUGAGGGUGUUGGAGUGGACUGGGGUGAGGGAGUAAUUUUUGAAAUGUACCUUGAGUUUAAAAAAAAUGUGCCUAUGUUUAUAGCACUAUGGAUAUCAUGUAAAAUUUAUAUAUGAAUUAAAUAAAUAUUCACCUCUGAA